AUGGAGAAUCCUGGUUCCAGACCUCUAGAGGUGGCAAUUUUGAUUGCCAGGAUGCUCCGUUGUGCCCUGCUUCAGCACUUGGAGCAGCUGACCCCAGAGGAACUGAGGACGUUCAAGCUGUAUCUGGUGGGUCACAUCCCCCGGGGUUAUCUUGAAGGAGCUGAUCGCACAGCAGUGGCUGAUCUCCUGGUUACUCACCAUGGGCAGGAAAAGGCGUGGGAGCUGUCUCUGAGCAUCUGGGAGAAGAUGGGCCUGGGGGAGCUGUGGGAGCGAGCCAGAAAGGAGGAUCUUGGAUUAGUUCCUGCUCUUCCAGUCCUUCCAGCCUCCUCAGAUGCAAGAAUUAAGUACCAAGAACGAAUGAGAAAGAAAUUCCAGCUCAUCAGGGACAGGAAUUCUCGUCCUGGGGAGCAUGAGCUCUUUCAGCACCGAUUCACACAGCUGCUGCUUCUUCAGAAGUACCGCUGCAAGGAGCAGAAACAGCAUGAGCUAUUAUUCCAAGGAUGGAGACAUGCUAAGGUCAUGGAGACGCUAGGACAGCUUACAGAGGUGUCAGCUUUAUUUGAUCCUGAUCAAAACACAGGAAUCCAACCAUACACUGUUGUGCUACAGGGGGCUGCUGGUAUUGGGAAGACCACCCUGGCCACCAAAGUGAUGUUGGACUGGGCAGAGGGAAAACUCUACCAGGAAAGGUUUGACUAUGUUUUCUAUCUCACUUGCAGAGAACUGAACCCAUUAGCAGAGAGAAAAAUGAGUUUUGCUGAUAUAAUUUUUAGUGACUGGCCUGGCCCCCAGGCUUCCAUGAGAGACAUCAUGUCCCAGCCAGAGAGACUUCUGUUCAUCAUCGAUGGUUUAGAUGAACUGAAAUUCCCUUGUAACGAGCACAGAUAUGAUCUGUGCAAAGACUGGAAGCAGCCGAGGCCAGUGCCCAUCCUGCUGAGCAGCUUACUAAGGAAAAUCAUGCUCCCUGAAGCUUCCUUGCUGCUCACUACAAGACUCACUGCUCUGGGGAAAUUUAGUUUUUUGUUAGAGAAUCCACGUCAUGUGGAUAUCAAGGGCUUCUCUGUGAGGCAGAGGAUGGAGUUUUUCUGCAAAUUUUUCAGAGAUGAAGAUGUAGGUCAAAAAGCCUUUAGUUUAGUAGAAGGCAAUGACACACUGCUCACCAUGUGCUCUGUUCCCCUGAUGUGCUGGAUUGUCUGCACUUGCCUGAAACAACAAAAGGAGAGAGGACAAGAUCUCAUCCAGGCUUUGAAAACUACCACUGCUGUAUAUAUGUGUUAUCUUUCUGAUUUAAUCACACCUGAUGACAAAGACUUUAUACUUCAACAUUUUAGGGGCCUUUGUGGAUUGGCUGCUGAGGGGAUCUGGGGAAGGAAACUGCUGUUUGAGGAGGAGGACCUGAGGAGACACAACUUAGAGGGAGUUGAUGUCUCUGCCUUCUUAGACAUGAACAUUUUUCAGAAAGACAGUGGCUGUGAAAACUGUUAUAGCUUCAUUCACUUGAGUUUUCAAGAGUUUUUUGCUGCCGUGUUUUAUUUGAUGAGCAGAGAAAAAGAAGGGGCAAAGAACCCUGACUCCUCCAUUCCAGAUGUCAAAAAACUUCUGGAAGAGUGUAGCUCACAUGAUGCCAGUUUUGUGGUCUUGGUGGUGCGCUUCCUAUUUGGAUUCCUAAAUGCAGAAACAUCAAGGGAGCUGGAGAGGAAGUUCAGAUGUAGAAUGUCCCCAGAAAUCAAAUCAAAAUUACUGCAGUGGGUUGAGGGAGAAACCAAAAGAGAUUAUAAAGAAUCCUUCUUUUCUGAAUCUAAUUCUCCAAAUUGGUGUUCUCUUUUAUAUGAGACUCAAGAAGCUGAGUUUGUAACACAGGCACUAGUUAACGUCCAAGAAAUGAACUUACAUUCUGACUCUGACUGCGAAAUCCUGAGUACAGCUUUCUGUGUUAAACACUGCCCUGGGAUACAGAGAAUUUCCUUUUCUUGUACUUCUGAUGUACCUGAUGGUGUUUGGCAAGAUUUCUUCUUCGUGGUCAAGAAGAGUCAGAACCUCAAAGAGCUCCAGCUGUUUUACAGUUCAAUUGUUCGUGUAUGCAUGGACAAACUUUGUGUGGGACUAAGAAAUUCAAACUCUAAACUGGAAAAACUUAUGCUGGAAGGCUUCAAGGUAACUUAUUCCUGUUGUCAGUGUCUCUUCUCCAUUCCCAGUUUGAAAAGCCUGCACUUGCGUAAUAUUUUCUUUGAGGAUGAUGGGAAGAAGUUGCCGUGUGAGACCUUGGGGAGAAAGAACUGUCAGCUAGAGACACUAAGUCUGGCAUCUUGUCAUCUUACCUCUACAUGUUCCCAGAAUCUCUGUUCUGCUCUCAGUAGCAAUAAGAGCCUGAAACACCUGGAUGUGAGUGGAAAUUCCUUUGAAGAGGGAGGAAUAACACUUCUGUGUGAGGCUUUGGGAAACCCAAAUUGCAAGUUAGAGGCACUGAGACUGGCAUCUUGUUGUCUUGCUUCUACAUGUUCCCAGAAUCUCUGCUCUGCUCUCAGUAGCAAUAAGAGCCUGAAACACCUGGUUCUAAGUGGGAAUUCCUUUGAAGAGGGAGGAAUAACACUUCUGUGUGAGGCCUUGGGAAACUCAAACUGCAAGUUAGAAACACUGAGGCUGGCUGAAUGUUCUCUAACUGGAGCUUGUCUUCAGGAUCUCCUCCCUGUUAUCUGUGGCAGUGAGAACCUAAAAACUUUGGACCUGAGUUUCAAUUUCUUUGGUGAUGAAGGAGUGAAGCUGCUGUGCAAGACCUUGGAAAAGCAGGAUUGUAAACUACAAACACUAAUCUUCAAUCAACAUGACUUAAGUGAAGAAUCAAAGAGAGCAUUGGACAAACUACAAUCAAGGAAACCUUUUUCCUUCAUUACAGGAAAAGAUGAAGAUGACAUUCCUUCACUGAGAAGCUGAAGACACAGUGUAACCCUUGAUCGGCCCACUUAUUGGGUGACUUUGAACAAGUCACUUUUCU